AAUACAAAGACAGAAAAUGGCACUCUUUAGAACACUCCUAUCAGUUAUCUUCCUCUCAACCUUUCUCCAAUUACCAGCAUCAACAAGCACCACCGAUUCCCUCAAACCCUACAAAAACUUCAUAAAAGAUAAGUGUAAUUCAACCACUUACGCAGCACUUUGCUACAAAUCUCUCUCCCCGUAUGCAUCAAAAAUCAAAAGAAACCGCGUAACGCUCACCAAACUCUCCAUUCAUGUGGCUCUCAAAGCAGCCAAGAGUGCCAAAAGCACGUUGACGAAGUUCUCCAAGAUGAAGCUAUCACAUGGAGAAAGCUCCGUCAUUGCUGACUGCAGAGAGAACAUUGAGGACACGUUGGAUCUGCUUGAGCAAUCUGCACAAGGGUUGGCACAUUUGAACGGUGCCUCUACUGCUGAUGAGAGGUUUCAAUGGGACAGCAUCAAGACCUGGGUCAGUGCUUCCAUAACAGAUGAAUCUACUUGCAUAGAUGAGUUUGAUGAAAUAAAAGUGCGUUCUUCACUGAGGAACAAGAUCAAAACCACUGUUUAUAACGUUUCUUCCUUGAUUAGCAAUGCUUUGGCACUCGUCAACAGGCUUUACUAGUAUAUAAUCAAUCUUCAAUCCUGUUCUGAUAAACUCAGGGUUUAUUUGCAGUUUAGUUUUAGUUUUGUUUUUUCUGUUUUCUGUUGUCGGUUUCGUUUUUCCAGUUGUUCUGUAUGUUAUUUUUCUUAUAUUUAAUGACCUAUCCAUGCAAUGAAAAUACACAAUUUCAGUGUCAUCUUUCCUAUCUUUUAUAGAUAUUAC